GUGGGAGUAUGAGCGAGUUCCGCAUUCACCACGAUGUCAAUGAGUUGCUCAGCCUGCUGCGCGUUCACGGCGGGGAAGGAGCCGAAGUCUACAUCGAUCUUCUGCAGAAGAAUCGAACGCCUUACGUCACCACGACUGUCUCUGCGCACAGCGCGAAGGUAAAAAUAGCAGAGUUUUCUCGAACUCCUGAAGAUUUUUUAAAGAAGUACGAUGAGCUGAAAUCUAAAAAUACAAGACAUCUAGAUUCUUUAGUUUAUCUACUGUCAAAACUCACAGAAGACAAAGAGACACUCCAGUAUUUGCAACAAAAUGCUAAAGAAAGGGCAGAACUUGCAGCAAAUGCAGCAACCAGUGGCAGCACAAAUUUUUCCAUUCCCUCGUCUACUUCCAAGAUAUCUCUACAGGAGCUCGAGGAGCUACGCAAGCAGCUGGGCAGUGUCACAGCCAACUCCAGUGUACAGCAGCCUCUUGAGCUUACACGAAAAAUCCUCCGAGAUAAGCAGAACAAGAAGAAUUCUGGUCAGCCCAUUCCAAUAUUUCCAUCCUGGGUGUAUGAGAGACCUGCACUUAUUGGUGAUUUCUUAAUUGGCACCAGUUUAAGCACUGACACAACAGUACCUAUAGGUACCUUGCCAUUAGCCUCCCAAGAAUCCAUGAUUGUGGAGGACUUGCUGUACGUUCUGAUCGGUGUGGAUGGAAGAUACAUCACAGCACAGGCUCUCGUAGGCAGGCAGAACCGAGCAUUUUCAGUCGAUCCAAACUUGGACUUGUCCAUCAAAGAGCUGGUGACCAGGAUUCUUCCUGUAGCAGCAAGUUACUCUGCUGUCACCAGGUUUAUAGAGGAGAAGUCUUCUUUCGAAUAUGGACAGGUAAAUCAUGCUCUGGCUGCUGCUAUGCGGACUCUAAUCAAGGAAUACAUGAUACUAAUUACCCAGCUGGAACAUCUUCAGAGACAGGGACUUCUGUCACUGCAGAAACUCUGGUUUUAUAUCCAGCCCACAAUGAGGACCCUGGAGAUUCUUGCUUCACUUGCUACUUCUGUAGAUAAAGGUGAGUGUAUGGGAGGAUCAACCCUGAGCUUACUCCAUGACAAGACUUUCAAUUACACGGGGGACAGCCAGGCCCAGGAGCUGUGCCUGUAUUUAACCAAGGCAGCCAGCGUGCCUUAUUUUGAAAUUCUGGAAAAGUGGAUAUAUCGAGGCAUCAUUAAUGAUCCAUACAGUGAGUUCAUGGUGGAGGAGCAUGAGCUGCAGAAGGAGAAGAUUCAGGAAGACUAUAAUGACAAGUAUUGGGAUCAAAGAUAUACUGUUGUUCAGCAACAGAUUCCCUCAUUCUUGCAGAAAAUGGCUGACAAAAUACUAAGCACGGGGAAAUAUUUAAAUGUUGUGCGAGAAUGUGGACGUGAUGUUACCUGCCCUGUGGCUAAAGAGGUCAUCUAUACUUUAAAAGAGCGAGCUUAUGUGGAACAAAUAGAAAAAGCAUAUAACUAUGCUAGCAAAGUUCUUCUGGAUUUCCUAAUGGAGGAGAAAGAGCUGGUGGCUCACCUAAGAUCUAUAAAACACUAUUUCCUGAUGGAUCAAGGGGACUUUUUUGUUCACUUCAUGGAUCUCACAGAAGAGGAACUUAAGAAGCCUGUAGAUGACAUCAUAACUACAAGGCUAGAGGCUCUGCUUGAAUUAGCCCUGCGAAUGAGCACAGCCAACACAGAUCCUUUCAAGGAUGAUUUAAAGAUUGACUUGAUGCCCCAUGACCUCAUUACACAGCUCUUGAGAGUAUUGGCCAUAGAAACAAAACAGGAGAAGGCCAUUAUCAGUGCAGAUCCCACAGAGCUCACUCUGAGCGGUCUGGAAGCAUUUUCCUUUGACUACAUUGUUAAGUGGCCUCUGUCCCUUAUUAUAAACAGGAAAGCACUGACAAGAUACCAGAUGCUUUUCAGACACAUGUUCUAUUGCAAACAUGUGGAAAGACAGUUGUGCAACGUUUGGAUCAGCAAUAAGACGGCCAAGCAAUUCUCCCUGCACUCAGCUAAGUGGUUUGCUGGUGCUUUCACACUGCGGCAGCGGAUGCUGAAUUUUGUACAGAAUAUCCAGUAUUACAUGAUGUUUGAAGUGAUGGAGCCAACAUGGCACAUUCUUGAGAAGAACCUGAAGUUGGCAUCUAAUAUUGAUGAUGUCCUGAGCCACCACACAAGCUUCCUGGAUAAUUGCUUGAAGGACUGCAUGCUAACCAACCCAGAGCUGCUGAAGAUCUUCUCCAAGCUGAUGUCUGUCUGUGUCAUGUUCACAAACUGCAUGCAGAGGUUCACCCAGAGCAUGAAGCUGGAUAACGAGAUGGACCGGCUCACCUUAGAGCAUGGCACAAUGCUGGGCCCACCAACAGAGGAGGAGCGUGCUGAAGAGACUGCGAAGAAGAAGCUGACUAACAAGCUUUUAGCAGAGCAUGCUGACAACCUCCACCUGACAUCUGGCUUUGAAGCAACAAUCAACAAGUUUGAUAGCAAUUUCUCAACACAUCUGCUGGACCUGUUGGACAAACUGAGCAUUUACAGCACCAAUGACUGUGAGCACAGCAUGCUCAACAUCAUCUACAGGUUGGACUUCAACGGGUUCUACACAGAGCGCUUGGAACAUAUGUCUGCCGAGCGCAGCCAAAAGGCAGCUCCCCUGCUUCCCCGCCUGGCCGUACCUGCCCAGUGAAGCCCUGCUGCUGCCCCUUUCAGCUGCCACCUCUUCUGUACCAGCAGAGAACUGGACACACACUCACUUCGAGCUAGGAGUACUCAACCCUCUACAUUCACAGUGCGAGCUGGAAAAGAACCGUAAGGGUUGUCCCAGAGAGACAGGGGAAUAUUCGAUCUCCUGAAAUGUGUGUAAUGGAUUUUCUCUUCUGAGAGGCUUUUGUUAAGUCCUUUUUUUU